UUUACAGGUGGAUUUUACAAAGCUGUGGCUAAUAAUUAGAUAUCCCUUAUCAUCACAGCCUGUGGCCCCUUGGACCCAGAUUGUCUUUCCCAGGACCUAGGCUCCCAAGGAGCAUCUGGGAGCUCUUCAAAAGAACAGCAUCGUGAGUACCUGCUCUGUAAGUACCCUGGUGCAGUUGCUACCCUUCAGGCUCACAGAGGUUUUCUAGAUGCCUUCUUGAGCUUGCUUGUGGCCACCCACAGUUAUUUGUACGGGCGAACGAAGUCAGCUUGCCAGAGACACUGUGAAAUGAGGGAUUAGAGGCCGGGAUCCAAGAAGCAAGAGCAGCAGCCAAAAGACAAGCAAAAAGGCUCCGAAGAUACUUCUACUGAGAGGUGUGCCAUGGCCUCCCUCGGUGUCCAACUGGUGGGCUACAUCCUAGGCCUUUUGGGGCUAUUAGGCACUUCGAUUGCCAUGCUGCUUCCCAACUGGCGAACAAGUUCUUACGUUGGUGCCAGCAUCGUGACGGCAGUUGGCUUUUCCAAGGGCCUCUGGAUGGAGUGUGCUACACACAGCACAGGCAUCACCCAGUGUGAUAUCUAUAGCACUCUUUUGGGACUUCCUGCUGACAUCCAGGCUGCCCAGGCCAUGAUGGUGACAUCCAGUGCAAUGUCCUCACUGGCCUGCAUUAUCUCGGUGGUGGGCAUGCGAUGCACGGUGUUCUGCCAGGAAUCUCGAGCUAAGGACAGAGUGGCUGUAGUGGGGGGAGUCUUCUUCAUCCUCGGCGGUAUCCUGGGUUUCAUCCCAGUGGCCUGGAAUCUUCAUGGCAUCCUUCGGGACUUCUACUCACCACUGGUUCCUGACAGCAUGAAAUUUGAAAUUGGAGAGGCUCUUUACCUGGGCAUUAUUUCAGCCCUGUUCUCUUUGGUAGCUGGAGUCAUCCUCUGCUUUUCCUGCUCCACUCAGGGAAAUCGUCCCAGCUACUAUGAUUGCUAUCAGGCACAGCCUCUUGCCACUAGGAGCUCUCCAAGGCCUGGUCAACAGCCCAAAGCCAAGAGUGAGUUCAACUCCUACAGCCUGACUGGGUAUGUGUGAAGAAACAGGGGCCAGAGCUGGGGGUGGGGUGGGUGGUGGCUGGUACUAUAAAAAAAAAGUAGUGGACAAUGCCCCCAGGGUCACAGGCAAAGGACAUUGCCCCUGAAUCAUGUGUAAGGUGCUGCUGAGGAUAGACCGACUUUGGCCAUUGGAUGCAGAAAGUCAGAGAUGGGAACUGGUGUGACAGCAUGUUGAUUGAAUUGCCAAGGAUAUUCAACAAGCCAGCUUUUCUUUUUCCCUCACCUUGCCUCACCAAGGCACCUCCUAAACUAAAACUCCGAGUCCCAUCCCUGCCACUUUUGGCUAUGCCCAGAGACACUCUUCUGCCCACUGGUCUACCUGGAGCUCUCUCCCCAAGCCCACGCAAUCAUAUCUGAUCAGCUGGCCAUCUGUGAUCAAAAGACCCUCUCCCCCUGGCUGAGGUUGCCUCUGAACUCAAUUGCUGGGGGACAGAGAGAAGAAAAAGAGGUGGCUCCUGUGGGCAUGUCUCUAGCUCCCUUCUCAAACCUCUAUCCAAAGAAAUGGAUUGGUCAGUAAUAGGCCCUGAAGCCUCUCUCCCAGUGUUAUUAUGAAUUCAGCAAAUCCAGACUGGGUUAUGAAUGAACUGAAGGAAAGUUAUCUCAUGGCAUCCAGCAGAAAGCAACUAACUGGGUGCAGAAUGGGAAUCAACCUGAGACCCAAAACCCACAAGAAUCACUUCUCAGGGCACUUUCUAUUAUUCCCACACAUUUGUGGGUCAGGAUGGAAGCAGAGCUCUAGGAAAGAACAAGGCGGCAGCCCUCUGACUCCACCGAGGAAUUUCCAAGAACCUGCAAUUAAUAACUCCCACUGAAAUGUCUGCUUCCUUCUGGGGCAUCUGACCUAGUCUCCUGGAUAAACCACAAGGCUUGGAGCCCUAGACAAGGGUUUUCUGAGGGACAAUAGACCAGAUUUUCUAGAACGGCCCUUCAACAUGGAAACUCCAGAAGACUACAAAAGACAUUAUUACUCCUUAGCCCUGACCAAGAACAAAUAAGGACUUCAGUAUCAAGGGACUGGCUAGACAUGUAUUGUGGCUGUUGUGUGUGCUCCAGCUAUUCCAGCGAGGCAGCUCUACCAGAAACUUUAGACUUAAUGGACAAACAACCCCCUGGGGUCUAUACUCAGCAUUACAGAGCCUCUGAAAGACCAUAGCAUCAAACAGGGUUUUCGUCACUUUUUAAUACUUGCAUCAUCUCCCAUCAGAAGCUAUUCUAGAAGGUAUGCAAAAGUCUCCAGUGUGGAACAUCCAUGGCCAAGGUGUUGCAUUUAGGACCUGAGUGACAGAUGAACUGCUGCCUGGGAUUGUGCUUGAGGUGGGAGAACAGAGAAUGGUUCUCAGCCAAACAGUUUCACCUCCAAGAUCUUAAAAUGCUCCAUUUCUUUUGUGGUAGGUGUGUGUGUGUGUGUGUGUGUGUGUGUGUGUGUGUGUGUCUGUGUGUGUGUGUGACAAACCAGAGACAUUUCCCUCCACCAGCCUAAUACCAUCAGCUUCAGAAGAUGCCCAGCACACCUCAUCAAAAUUUCAGUACCAGCAAAGGAGGCUUAUAUGUGAGGUUUCCUUUAACAUGCUUUUCUUAUUUCCACCAUGUUACUUAGGGUCAAGCUUCUUUUACCAACCUCAGAGCCAUUUCCUCUUAGCUAAGUCGACCCCAUGCUUGGAGAACUUGCUCAGCAUCAUCUCUUUCAUUGACCCUGCCCUGACCACUCCUGACCACUGCUCUUACUUCUUCUCUUCCAAUAUAUAAAUUGCUUAAUACUUAUUAUUCAUAAUUUUGAUUGCUAGUUUAUAGUUCUUGCAUAUACAUUGUGUGUUUAAGUGUGUGUGUAUCUAUUUGGGUGAUCUCAAAAGUUCACUGUAAGUACUUGGUCGGCAGUUGCCAUAUCUUACACUUGUCUAUAUGUAUGUCCAAGACUACUGUAACAGUGCUAGGCACACACAAGAUAAUCAAUAAAUGCUUGCUGAUUAA